AUGGAUCCUAUUAUUGAUAGUGACUGGCUUAUGAACAAAUCAGAACCUAUUGAUGACAGUCAAUCUGGCAAUAUUGCACGCAGUUGGGUAUGGAGAGAAAGAGGUAUUAAACCCCCUAACUCACCAAGCAAUAAAACUGUGUUAGAAAAUGUUGCUGAAGAUAUUCUUGUUCAAAAACCACUUAAAAUAAGAUGCUGUGAUCUACCAGGAUAUCCACGUUCAACAUUCCUCAUGGUCUUUAGUCCUGAUGGUACCAAAGUUGCAUCAACGCAUGGAAAUCAUAAUGUGUAUGUGUCUGAGUUGGCGAGUGGUAAACACGUCAGAAUAUUAAAGGGUCAUCCAAGAACACCAUGGUGUAUAGCAUUUCAUCCAUCACAUCCAGAACUUAUUGGGUCUGGUUGUCUUGGAGGCCAAGUCAGAGUUUGGGAUAUUGCAAGUGGUGGAAGUGAAGUUUGGAGUGUACAAAAGGAAACUGUAAUAGCGUCAAUAGCGUUCCAUCCGAGGGAGCAGUUAUUAGUGAUAGCCACUUCUAAUGAACUUUACUUUUGGGACUGGAGUCAACCGGCACCCUUUACUAAAGUCUCAACUGAUGAUAUCAAUGAGAAAGUGAGAUAUGUGGCAUUUGAUUCACUGGGAUAUAAGCUCAUAACAGGAAUAUCACUGUAUAAUACUCCACCUUGUGCGCCUACUGUCUCUGAACGCAAUGCCCACUCAAGUCCGCCAGUCAACUAUCGCAGACAAGAACCCGAUGAUAGUCCUAACAAUAGAUCGGAUCCAACGGGCCCAACGGGAGAUGUCAUAGUUAAUUCUUACCAAAAUUUAGUACAAAGAUAUGACAGUCUGGUGAGAAAUUAUCAGAGGUUGUUUUUGGUACGACAUAGGCUUACAGCUACGACCCCACCGCCUAGCACGACCGAUCGCGGAACAGACCCAAUGGAAACAGAUUCUGCAACAGAUAAUAAUAAUGGACCAAUUCGUCCAACGCGUAGGACGCCAUUCUUUCCUGAAGAAGAGAAUACACCAAUUCGACCAACCCGUAGGACGAUCUUUACUGAAGAAGAUGCCCUGCCGAGCACAUCUAGAACUAAUGAAAAUACAGACGCUGAUACAGAUCCACUUUCUCACAGUCGUCUUUUGAAUCUGGACGCAUUGACGCUUGAAAGAGACUCUAUGAGGACAAGAAGUUCGAGCACCACUCGUCCAGAGACCUCUGUAUUUGGUUCUCGCCCUUCAGCGUUUCAACCUCUCAACGAAGGCAAUAGGCCAUCUCUUUGGCAAGCGGCCAGGCAUUUACCAAAUCCCUUUAAUCCGCCGAGACGUACUUUGAUGACUACCGUUUUUAACCAAGAGAAUUCGGGAUCCUCUCGAACAAAUGUAUUUCCCACUUACAGAUCGGUGACUCCCCCUCCCCCUCACACUCCUCCACCUCCUCCGGCCCCUGUCGAUCCCCUUACGAGUUUCAAUGACACCAUAUCUGAUUCUGUAGACGCGAUUUUUCCGUCAGACAAUUCAGUACAAAUCGAUUACCUAACUCCCUCGUCUCCAGACGUAAAUAGUCCCAUUCAGGUAGUAUACGGUGCUUUCCCACCCGAAACCUCCAGCAAUCCUACCACGUCUAGUACAAAUACAACCACACAAUCUCCCGUCAAUACCCCAGUCGAUGCACAAACUAUCAACGAGAGUCUCGAUCUAAUACGUGACAUUCUCAGAGAUUCUGGGACGAGAUUGUUAAAUUUGAUCACUAAUAUGUCCUUAUCGAACUUGUCGAGAGAAAGACGACGGGAACGUUCUAGAGCGCAUUCUGAUGGAGACGGAUCGAGCGAUGGAACUUCCAGAUCUCGAAAUACCAGAACUCGGCCCAGGUUGUUCAGUUCAGGCUUACCCAUUUCACUCUUUUUAUCAUCUAGUUCAGAAUCAGACAGUGAUAACCCUCCCGAAGUUAACAUAUUCAGAACCAGAAAUGCAUCAUUCAGAGAAGACGCCGCCAGAAAUAGUAAUCGUCCAAAUGCAAGUGGAUCUACUAGACCGGAACAUCCUACAGACAGAUUAGUUUUCGAAUUGAACGAUGAAUUGGUGUUGGAAGAAAACUUCGAGUUGGGUGGUUUUAAUGUGUCUCCCAAUCCUAGAACAUUUCAUGUUAGGUCACAAAAUCCUCAAUCCGCAGAGGAAACCACAACCACCACAACUACUACAACAACUACUACUACAACUACUACUACAACAACUACUACAACAAAUGAAGAACCUAGAGAGAAUCGGACACGGAGUAGUAGCUUCGACCCUAAUAUGCCCUCUACCAGUAGAGACAACUUUUGGUCCGGAGGAAACAGGUUGACCUCUCAAGAAGCAUUUCGAAAAGUUCGAGGCGGCGUUAAUGCCUUGCAAAAACAUGUUCAACAGCUAACGAAUUUCUGGGUCCGUGGACAAAGGAUAAGUAUGAGGGACUUGCGUAAUAUGUGGGAGAAUUUAAGGAGGCGAAUUCUAAUGCUUCAUAGGGAAACGGGAAGACAAGAUGUUCCCAGUUAUUAUUCAAGAUCACUUUUAGAAAGAUGCAUGAUGUUGUCUGACAUGUCGGAGAAUGUUAGUCGCAGCUCAAGCAGAACUAGAGGCCACCAAAGGACAGAAGACAGAAACGCUGAAACGAGUAGGGAGCAAGCACCUGCAGAAACGGGUGAUAAUGAACCAAGUUCAAGUCCUGGAACUUCAAAUACAAGCAGGCAGAAUAGAAAUCCACAAACGAGAUCCUCUUCAGGGGGUCGAUUUUCUCCAUUCGCUAGACGCCGCCUACAACCUAACCAUAGGUGGAGGCAUGAAGACGAAAUACGUAGAAGAGCCCGAAAUCCCACCUCCAACCGCUUAUCACCAAGGCUCUCCAGGCCUCGGCGAGAACUCGCCCGGGCCAUUGAAAUAAGUGCUACGAGGCAUGAGAUUCGGAUGCGCGCAAUGCAAGUUUUGUCUGUUAUGUUCAAUAUGAUGAUGAUGUGCUUGGAAGAGCCAGGCUUAAGCCAACUUAUCAUAAAUAUGUUACGAACGUUAAAAAAGGCUUUAGCUUUAACCUGUCUAAUGCUAAUGAGUAAUAGAAACGGUGGACGUGGAAGUGGAAGCACGAAUCAAUCUCCACAACGGUCCGAUAAUCGUAAUUCUAAUAACUCUGGAAAUACUGGAAGUAACACUGACGGUAAUACCAAUGACACGAACACAUCGGAAUCAGUGCAAAAUUCAAUAUCAAGUGAGGCAGAGGAAGAUCGCGCUCGCGAAAGUACAUCUAAUAAUGCAGAAAAUACUAUCUCUCUAACAAUGGUUUCUAGUCCUAGUACCAGUACCGCGCAAAAUGCAUCCUUAUCAUUACCUAGUACAUCCGCCGCUCAAAAGUGGAGUAAUCGUCUAGCUGUCCAAAUAGCAACAGCUAAUAGAAACACAUCUGUAACUGCUAGAUGUAGAAGAGAGUUAUAUUUAGAAAGUAGACGGCUUAAAGCUUUACAUCGUACUAAUCCUACAAAACAUCCUCUUAUAAAGAAGCGUGUGCCUCCUUUGGCCUCUCACCGGAUUCCUAUGUUGCGGGCGUUACCUCGAAAGAUAGUCAAAACACCUACCCCAAGAGAUCCUUCGCCACCAGUCGCACCUGUAAUUUUCCCCCUACGUGGACCACCACAUGGUGAAACUUCAAAUCAAGAACCGUCUAGACUCCCACCAGAGGUUAUGAACGAAUUUGAGCACAGGAUUAAUUUAAUACGCAUAGCUCACAUGCAAGCGGUUAGAUUGAGAAAUGCUGCUAGGAAUAGAUAUAGACGCCUGCAAACGAUACGUCUGUAUACUCCGUCGUCUGUGCGGGAAAUGUUUACUCUUCAAGAUGGAAAUGAUCAAAAUCAGCAAGGGGCCCGUUCAAGUGGUUCCGAAAAUCGGCCGACAUUACUGAACAGAGAACGUCUUGUCGCCCGAGUUCCUAUUAAUAUACAUUCUGAAGAUAUGAGACAACUCCACGCCGGUGAGGCGCUGCUGCAAGUGAAUGACGCGGUCAACGUCGAAGGACAAGGGAAUCCACAAGCACGAUUGCCUAGGAUUCAUGAAUAUCUACAACCAAUAAUUCUGGCACAGAAUGCAGUGGUAGUUGAAGAUGACGACGAGAAUAAUGGGGAAGGGAAUGGCUUUGCUGGUUUCGGAGUUCGACGAGUGGGCAUGGGAGGGAUGGCUGGUUUAUUGGACGCUAGUGUUAUAUCAGACAACUUUCCUUCCCCGUCCCAUAGAAUACAGGCAUGGGACUUCACUAGUGGAGACGCACCGGACAUAGCCGAUGGUGACAAAAAUAUAGUGGUUCAAAGAUGCAGAAUUCAUAACGAUGCCAGUAUUGAUAUAUCUAAAGAUGGCAGAUUGCUAGUGGCUCUCUUACCUGUACCACGAUUACGAAACACAAGCCAUUGGCUAGGGGUGUACUCGCUGGAAUGGCCCCGCCUGGGUCACUGCCUUCACACAGCGGUGCUGGAGCAAAGUGCAGUGUCGGUAGCCCUCUCCCCAACUGGGCGACACUUGGCCGUGGGACUUGGGUCUCGUCGCUUCACAUCGGUACAUCACGCGAGAAGCAGUGUUUUUGCGUUGCUCUUCAGACUUGACCCUCUCGACGGCACAAGCCGCACCGGGCUGUCGCCUAUAAAAGAGUUGGAGCAAACCUGGGAACACGGUUUCACGAGCCUCAACUGUUUGCGUUGGGCGCCACAACCUGGCCAAGGUUUAGUCUACGCUAACAACACUGGCCAACUUAUUAUUAUGAGUUAG